CGGCGCCUCCGCCAAUAGGAGCGGUGGGCGGGCGGUGCGGGCGCAGUGCGCGGAGCGGAGCCCGGUGCAGCAGGAGCUAUGCCCGUGGAUCUGGCGCUGUGGAGCGGGCCGCUGAGCCUCACCGAGGUGGAGCAGAAGCCGGCGCAGCCGUUGCGGGUCAAGUAUGGCUCCGUGGAGAUAGACGAGCUGGGCAAGGUGCUCACGCCCACUCAGGUCCAGAAUCGCCCCACCAGCAUUGAGUGGGAUGGCUGCGAUCCCCAGAAGCUGUACACCCUGGUUCUCACAGACCCAGAUGCUCCCAGUAGGAAGGAUCCAAAAUUCAGGGAAUGGCAUCACUUCUUGGUGACCAACAUGAAAGGCAACAACGUGGGCAGUGGGACCGUGCUGUCGGAUUACGUCGGCUCCGGACCUCCCAAAGGAACAGGGCUGCACCGCUACGUGUGGCUGGUGUACGAGCAGCCGAAGCCGCUCUCCUGCAACGAGCCCAUCCUCUCUAAUCGCUCUGGGGACAAGCGAGGCAAGUUCAAGGUGGCCUCUUUCCGCAGCAAGUACGAGCUGGGGGUGCCGGUGGCUGGCACAUGCUACCAGGCCGAGUGGGAUGACUACGUGCCGAAGCUGUACGAGCAGCUCUCGGGGAAGUAGGGCGCGGGGAGGUGAGGAAGCACCGUGCAGCACCCCGGAGACCGGGCUGCACGGAGCACGUCGCUGUAGUGGUGUUUAGUGAGUUGAACCCAGCUGCUCCUGUACUGAGCACUGGAGCUGGAACCUGCCCCUGUCCCUGCCUGAGCCUGCUCCCGUGUUGAUGUGCUCCAGGCCUCUGCUGCGCUUCUGCUGGCUCUUACAGGUGAUUGUUGGCUACGUGAGCUUCUGACAGGGUGUCCCUGUAAGGGCCACCACCCCCAGGCUGACCUGCUCAAGGGAAGCCAGACCCUCUGUGGCUUAGUGUCCCUGCUGUACGCAAGGUGGUGUGGGUACAGAACCACUUUUGGGGCGGUGCUGGCUGUGCAGUGUCCCUUUUCCAGGAGAGGCGGUGGCAGGCUAAGGGAAAUUCCUCAUUUCUUUUUUUGUAUUCCUUUUACCCUCAAGUAUUUGGCCAGUGCCUGCACUGCAGUGAACCACUGAAGCAGUGAAGGUGCAGCUAAGCUGGUUGAUAGCACUACCUUCUGUUCUCUGUUGCCACUCAAAGCUGAGAGACCACCUCCUUUGUUCGAGUUCUGUUGUGACCUAAUGUCAAUGUGCUGUUUGCUCACAGUGCAAUUAAAAACUUACCGAGGUG